CUUAAACCCCUGAUAAAAACGGCAUUGUUUGCAAAGCAUUUUUGAACGGGCAAUUAAAGGACAUUUUAUUAACUAUACGCACGGAGGCGGAAGAGAAACAAUAUAACACUUAGGUGACUGAUACCUGGCACACAGCUACUGAGGCACGAUGCAGGGGAUCGGGAUGGUCGAUAAAAACAGCAGCGGGAUGCGGCGCCUUAAGCAGUGGCUAAUCGAUCAGAUCGACAGCGAUCAAUACCCGGGGUUGGUCUGGGAUGAUGAUCAGAAAGUCAUCUUUCGGAUUCCCUGGAAACACGCCGGGAAGCAGGACUAUAACCAAGAGGUGGACGCGUCCAUAUUCAAAGCAUGGGCCGUCUUCAAAGGAAAGUACAAAGAAGGUGAGAAGGCAGAACCUGCCACGUGGAAGACGAGGCUUCGCUGUGCCCUCAAUAAAAGCCCAGACUUCGAAGAGGUGACGGACCGUUCGCAACUCGACAUUUCAGAACCGUACAAAGUUUACCGUAUUGUUCCCGAAGGACAGCAGAAAUGUAAAUUCGGCAAUCUGUCCAACGAACAAGGUGAUAUCACUGAUAUGGAUUGUAGCCCACCUGGCUCAGAUGAACUCAUGAAGGAGGUUAUUGCAGAUUAUAAUGGUAUAAUAAAGAGAAGUCAUUCUCCUCCGGAAGAGGACUGUACAAAUCAACCACAAAUAGAUUGGUGGGGCCGACAAAACAUCGAAGACUCUUCCAUGUUAUAUUACACCAAUAACUAUGCGCCCAUGCAACCCAAUUCAGGUUUUUGCCAAAUGAUGGCCACCUUUUAUUACGGUGGAAUUCCGAUGUCCCGGAUUCCUAUUCGGCGGUCCGACGGGUGUAGGAUUACCGUACGUCAUGCCCCCAUCACCAGCGAGGGGCCGGAGAGCAUGGAGCAGGUUCUGUUCCCACCAACGAACAAGAUAGUGAAUCCUCGGCAGCAGCAGGUUACCAACAAACUCUUGACCCACCUGGAGCGUGGGGUUCUGCUACUGAGCAACAACGAGGGCAUCUACAUCAAAAGGCUCUGCCAGGGCAGGGUAUUCUGGAGUGGACCCUGCGCGCCUUAUGCCGAUCGGCCGAACAAGCUGGAAAGAGAUGCGAUUGUAAAGCUCUUUGACACAAAGCAAUUUCUUCAAGCCUUGCAACUAUACACAGAGAACCCACAGUGCAUUCCACCGAAUAACAAAGUGAUUAUAUGCUUUGGAGAAGAGUUUCCUGACAUGAAACCCAUGAACAAAAAACUAAUUAUAGUGGAGAUUGAGCAGGUGAAAAGCAAACAGAUUCUGCAAGCAGUGCUUCAGGCAAAGAAUUACGAAAAUAUUAACCUUCAGAUUUCCACUGAAUCCGCUGAAGAAAAACUGAUUCUUCACGAACUUUGCAUGAACAGUUACGGCUAUCCAAGACCUGCCUUCAGUGAAAACCAGCAAAUAAGCUGAAAAAGAAAAACUCUCUGCAUCAGUGACCUUAGAGACCUGUGUAAGUUGGUAGCAUUAAAGGGAAAGUGCUCAUUGCUGGUUUCCAAUAGCAUUGUUAAGGUACUCAAUCUUUAAUCAUUUUUGUUGCAGUUA